AGCGAGCGCCGCGGGCCCGGGCGGCCCCACUGGCGGAGCGAGCGCGCGCGGCCCGGCGCCCCCGGCCCUCCCGCCCGGCCCCGCCGGCGCCCCCGGCCCCGGCCCCCGAGCGCGCGCGCAGCCCUAGGGCUCGGCGGCCCGGCCCGGUAUCCUUUGGUAUCAUGGCACACUGAGCCUCCUUGUAUUCGACCCUUAAAACACUCCUGAAGUCCCAGGGACGUUGGUUUGUGGACACUAUAAGAACGGGCUUCUUCUCAUCUGUGAACCACGGCUGUGUGGAUGGGCUGGCAGCUGCGAGACAGAACCUUGCUCUGUUGCCUGCACUAGCCUUAACCCCAGGGCUCAGGUGUUCCUCCUGCCUCAGCCUCCCAAGUAGCAGUGACAACAUGUGCCCAUUCUGGCACCCAGCUCCUGGCAUCAUUGAUUUCGAAAUACCAUAGUGCCUGGGACUUAAAAGUCCAGAAUGACCGAGGAAGCAUGCCAGACCCGGAGCCAGAAGCGAGCCCUUGAGCCCAACCUGCCGGAAGAUGAUGCGGAGAGCAAGAGAGUAAAGAUGGAGCGAGGACUGUCGGCUUCAGACCUCAGCCCCGAGGGUGACGCAAGGGUGACUCCAGAGCCGGGUGCAGGCCCAGCCCAAGGACUGCUGAGGGCAGCGGAGGCCCCCACGGCAGCUGUGGGCAGAGGUGACGGGCUGCUAGGCGAUGGGCCCGUGGACAUGCGCACCUCCCACAGCGACAUGAAGUCUGAGAGGAGGCCGCCAUCGCCUGACGUGAUCGUGCUCUCUGACAAUGAGCAGCCCUGCAGUCCACGUGUGAAUGGGCUGACCAAGGUGGCCCUGAAGGAGACCAGCACUGAAGCCCUCAUGAAGAGCAGCCCUGAGGAGCGGGAACGGAUGAUCAAGCAGCUGAAAGAGGAGCUAAGGCUAGAAGAGGCAAAGCUAGUCUUGUUGAAGAAGCUACGGCAGAGUCAGAUACAAAAGGAAGCCACCACCCAAAAGCCCACGGGCUCUACUGGGAGCGCUGUGACCACUCCUCCUCCACUUGUGCGGGGCACCCAGAACCUUCCUGCUGGCAAGACGUCACUUCAGAACUCCUCCCGGAUGCCGGGCGGCACCAUCCCACCACCUCUGGUCCGCGGCGGACAGCAGGUGCCCUCCAGGCUGGGGCCGCAGGCCAGCUCACAGGUCGUCAUGCCCCCGCUUGUCAGGGGAGCCCAGCAGAUCCACAACAUCAGACAACAUUCCAGCUCUGGGCCCCCCCCGCUGCUCCUGGCGCCCCGUGCCUCCGUACCUAGUGUGCAGAUCCAGGGACAGAGAAUCAUCCAGCAGGGACUCAUUCGCGUCGCCAAUGUCCCCAACACCAGUCUGCUCGUCAACAUCCCACAGGCUACCCCAGCAUCUCUGAAGGGGACAACAGCCACCUCCACUCAGGCCAACUCCACACCCACCAGCGUGGCCUCUGUGGUUGCUUCUGCUGAGUCUCCAGCCAGCCGGCAGGCAGCCGCCAAGCUUGCCCUGCGUAAGCAACUGGAGAAGACGUUGCUGGAGAUCCCCCCACCCAAGCCCCCUGCACCGGAGAUGAGCUUCCUGCCCAGCGCCGCCAACAAUGAGUUCAUCUACCUGGUUGGCCUGGAGGAGGUGGUGCAGAACCUGCUGGAGACGCAAGCGGGCAGGAUGUCAGCAGCUGCUGCCGCCGCCGCCGCUGCCGCCAUGUUAGCCCGGGAGCCCUAUAUGUGUGCGCAGUGCAAGACGGACUUCACCUGCCGCUGGCGUGAGGAGAAGGGCGGUGCCAUCAUGUGUGAGAACUGUAUGACUUCCAACCAGAAGAAGGCACUCAAGGUGGAGCACACCAGCCGCCUAAAGGCCGCCUUCGUGAAGGCGCUGCAGCAGGAACAGGAGAUUGAGCAGCGCCUGCUGCAGCAGGGCCCGGCGCCUGCCGUGGCCAAGGCUGAGCCUGCAGCCGCCCCACACCCCGCACUGAAGCAGGUCCUAAAGCCCCGGCGCAAGCUGGCGUUCCGCUCGGGAGAGGCACGCGGCUGGAGUAACGGGGCUGUGCUACAGGCCUCCAGCCAGCUGUCCCGGGGCUCGGCUACGACGCCCCGUGGUGUCCUGCACACGUUCAGCCAGUCGCCCAAACUGCAGAACGCAGCCUCGGCCACGGCACUGGUCAGCAGGACUGGCAGACAUUCCGAGCGUACCCCAGGCAGCGCCAAGGGCAGCACCGCCACCAACUGGAAGAAGACACCCCUGAGUGCAGGUGGGACCCUUGCAUUCGUUGGCCCCAGCCUGGCUGUGCACAAGUCAUCCUCGGCCGUGGACCGCCAGCGCGAAUACCUCCUGGACAUGAUCCCACCGCGCUCCAUCCCCCAGUCCGCCACGUGGAAAUAGUGCAAGCUGGCCCGGUGGAGGACUGGCGACCUCUUCUCCGCCCGCACUGGCCUGCAGGCCCGGCCGCCAGCCCAGGCAGCUGAGCUCCGUCCCGUCCUCCGCCUGGUCUGGUCCCGGUGGGGCAAGGGGCCACUCCCCGGCAACGAGGGUCAGAACUGAGGGGCCUUCCCCUGGGCUUUCUUCCUUCCUCUCUUUGCCUUUAGUUUGCCCGACACCAGCAGAAAUGUGGACCUCAGGGCCGGCUCUGGCCCCAGCCUGGCCCGGGCCCGCCACUCCCUGGACACUGGCGCCUGCAAAGCUGGGCUGGGGCUCGGAGGCCGAGCGGGGUGCCGUGUUUCUUUAUGCUUCUCCCCGUCUUAGGCCCCCGACCUUCUCUUCCCUUCAUGCCAAUCUAUAGGUUGAAAGUUGUGUUUGUUUUGUUUUGUUCUGAUCACCUCACGAUGAUGGAGUUGAGAGUAGAGCUCAGGGCCGCGCUGCCCGGGCAGCUGUGGACAGAGGGAUGGAAGCCUCACUGCUGCUCUUUCAGGGCCCUGGGGUCCCCACACCCACACUGGGCAGAAGAACACACUGCAGCCAGCUCCGGUGGCCCAGGCCCUGGGCAGGGCCAGAAGAGGAAGGGCCACAGCCGGGGAGGCAUAGGUGGGCUGUGUGGUGGUGGAUUAUUUUAUUAAAUUUUCCUUUCUACUUGUUUUGAUGGACACAAUCUCAAGCCGCCCCACUGAGGCAUGGUGCAGGGGUGGGGCGGCCCGGCCGGGCUUGCUCAGCCUCAGCGUAUCUAGGACCCGGCCCUUGGGUGGAGCUGCUGUCAGGGUUUGCUCCCCAUUUCUUUUCUCCCCUGUAGUCUGCAGAGGCGUUUUUAAAGGAUCAGGUCUGCUUUCAGUUUGGUUUCUGGCCCCUCCCGCUCUGCACACGGGUUUGCCAGGAAAGGCAGAGCCGCUGGUCUGCGGCCGCCCACCCAUUCCCCUGCUCAUGCAAUUAGGGACUUUAAUUUAAGCCUCGUUCUGUAGGACGUCCUCAGACACCUGCGGCAGCCAGCGUUCUAAUAAAGGCUCAUUUAACCCUC